UCUUAAUCGGCAGAUUCAAACACCGAUCUAUUCUUUUCAGUUUGUCAUAGUGCGAUGUCUCUUUCUGGAGAUUCCUCGCGUCCAAAGAAACAUCAAUCACUAUGACAGAAGGGCAGUCCUUUGAAGAAGAAUCGGACGGCUUGUUGGGUCUGUCGAAAGAGGUAACGCACAAAAGUCGUUGGCAUGAUAGUCUCGCGAGAUAUUUUACUUUUAUUUCUGUUUUAUUGAACGGUAUCUUUGCUGGGCUUGGCCUGAUAUACUGGAUCCGGAUAGUCCUGAGCACGCAUUCAUCAUACGAGACCGGGUUCCACUCUGAUCUAGAAGCAAUUAAAUCACACAUCCGAUUGGCGCAGCAUAACUUUGCAGGAGGUGUAGAGUUGGACAACGACGGGAGCUUCUUCACAGACCACGAGAGCCAUCAAUAUGUUGCGACCCCUUCCCCGGACGUCGACCACGCGUGGAAUAAGCUUCUGACUGGCUUGAACAUUGACCUAGAGUGGCCGGGAGAGAAGCUGAGUGGGACAGCUUUUCAAUGGCCAGAGUCCGGCCUCUAUUUUACUGGUCUCGAAGUGUUCCACUCCCUACAUUGUCUGAACCGACUCCGCCAGGCUCUCUAUCCCGAAUACUAUCACGUCUUCAACAAUUCCAACGACCCCUCGCGCGAGGACCAUAUUGGCCACUGCAUCAACCACCUACGGCAAGCAAUCCAGUGCCAUGGCGAUCUCACGCCGAUGGAAUGGAAGCAGGUCGGCAACAAGAUCAUUCUCAACACACAAACGCGUCAUACGUGCAGGGACUUUGACAGAAUCCAUAAGUGGGCGGCGCAAAGGCAAACCAAGUUCGAGGAUAUCGAGAGCAUUAAUAACGGCAGCCUCUUUGUAGUAGAUUGAUUGAAAGACACCUAUUAGGCUUAAGAUUGAUCAACCUAUC